UAGUACUACUACUACUACUACAAAACAGUAUAAACAAACAUGAAAUGGCCUAAACUUUCACUUGACUAAACUGAAGAGAAAAACAAAGAAUGGGUACUUCUCAACUUCAUAUUGCACUCCUUGCUUUCCCUUUUGGUAGCCAUGCAACUCCCUUACUCACUCUUGUCCAAAAACUAUCUCCCUUCUUACCAUCAAAUACACUAUUUUCCUUCUUCAACACAUCACAAUCCAACUCCUCAAUCUUCUCUAAAUCUUCAAAACCAGACAACAUUAAAAUCUACAAUGUUUCGGAUGGUGUUACACAAACCAAUGGCAUUACCCCUAUUGGACGUGAAGCCAUUGAGCUUUUUAUAAAGGCAACUCCUAGUAAUUUUGAGAAAGUUAUGAAAGAGGCAGAGGAGGAAACUGGGGUGGAAUUUUCUUGCAUUUUAAGUGAUGCUUUCUUAUGGUUUUCUUGUAAAUUGGCUGAGAAAAUGAAUGUCCCUUGGAUUGCUUUUUGGACUGCUGGUUCUGGUUCUUUAUCUAUUCAUUUAUACACUGAUUUAAUUCGAUCUAAUGAGGAAACAUUAUCAACUAUACCAGGUUUUUCUUCAACUUUAAGAAUCGGUGACAUGCCACCAGAAGUUGUAGCUGAGAAUUUGGAGGGGCCAAUGCCAUCUAUGCUAUAUAACAUGGCUUUAAAUUUGCACAAAGCAGCUGCUGUUGUAGUAAAUUCUUUUGAGGAAUUGGAUCCAACAAUUAACAACGACCUCGAAUCAAAGCUUCAAAAGGUACUCAACAUUGGCCCUUUAGUUCUACGGUCAUUAAAGAAAGUAGACUCAGAUGUUAAUUCAGAUGAAAGUGGUUGCAUCCUCUGGCUUGAGAAACAAAAGGAAAAAUCGGUGGUUUAUCUUAGUUUUGGAACUGUUACAACACUACCCCCUAAUGAAAUUGUGGCAGUAGCAGAAGCAUUAGAAGCUAAAAGGGUACCUUUUCUUUGGUCACUAAGAGAAAAUGGUGUCAAGCUUUUGCCUAAAGGGUUUCUCGAAAGAACAAAGGAAUUUGGGAAAAUAGUUUCUUGGGCACCCCAGUUGGAAAUCUUGGCACAUUCUUCUGUUGGUGUUUUUGUAACACAUUGUGGUUGGAAUUCUAUUUUGGAAGGCAUAUCAUAUGGUGUGCCUAUGAUUUGUAGGCCAUUUUUUGGUGACCAAAAGCUGAAUAGUAGAAUGGUGGAAAGUGUUUGGCAAAUAGGUUUGCAAAUUGAAGGUGGAAGUUUCACUAAAAGUGGAACAAUGAGUGCACUGGAUGCCUUUUUUAGUGAGGAUAAAGGGAAGGUAUUAAGGCAAAAUGUUGAAGGGCUAAAGGAAAAAGCAUUAGAAGCUGUGAAAUCAGAUGGGAGUUCAACUAAAAAUUUCAAGAACCUAAUGGAGCUAGUUAAAUAAUGACACAAGCCACUUGAUUUUAUUAUGUUAUAAUUGGCAAAAUGGGACUAUGUACCAGCUUGAACUUACUUCGGUAUAUAGUAGAAUAAAUUCUGGUGUGGUAGCUAGACUAUGUAUUUGAUAGUGAUUUCAUCCUUAGUGUUUGAAGCAGCGGUGUUCGUCGGUUGGUACGGUACAGUAUUUAAAUAUUUCGGUUCGGUAUUUUUGGUAUUCGUAUCUUAAAAUGCUAUACCAAUACCGUACUUAAUUAAAUUCGGUACAGUUCGGUUUUUCUC